AUGGCCGGAGGUCUGGUCAAGUACCGGCACCUUAGCCGAUCGUCAUCGCAUCGGCAGGCGCUGCUGCGGAACCUGGUGACGUCGCUGGUGAAGAACGAGGCGAUCCACACGACGUGGCCCAAGGCGAAGGAGGCCCAGCGGCUGGCCGAGAAGCUGAUCACGCUGGCCAAGCGAGACAACGAGGAGACCCGGCGAAAGGCCCAAGCGAUUCUCUAUCUGCUGUUGCCGAAGCUCUUUGGCACGCUCAAGAGCCGGUAUGCUGACCGGCCGGGCGGCUACACGCGCGUGCUGCGCACCGAGCCCAAGAAGGGCGACCAGGCGCCUUCAGCUGUGCUGGAGCUGGUUGACGGGCCGCGUGACAUGCGUUUCGCCGUCACGGCUGCCGCUGUGGCCCGGGACCGUACCCUCGGCCGUCAGCACAGCGACCUGACGCUGCGCAACCGUGCCAAGGUCACGCGCUUCCGCCAUGACGGCGAGACCGCCUUCGAGACCAUGGUCGCCCGCACGCAGUCCCUCCGGCUCGCCGAUGCUGGCCCCCAGAUGGCCGACGUCGAGACCAGCAUCUUCCAGCGCAGCGACCCCCACUGGACGCCCCGCAAGACCAAGCCCGUGCUCGACUUCUGGGAUCCCAAGAGCACCAAGGCCAGGACCAGCCGCAGCUCACGAGACCUCGUCGACGCCCUCGGCGACCCCAGUCUCAGCAAGGCCGAGGCGGCUGCCAACAGACGGCGACCAAGGGCAUGA